AAAAAACAUNGAUGAGUUAUAUUGGUGUGGGUGUGAGUCCAGGUAAUGUUCCGGUGUACCACGGGAGCAGCUUAAAGGUUGUGGACAGGAGAGUGAGGGUAGCAGAAUUGGUGUUGAGAUGUGUUAUUUGUGUUUUAGCCAUUCUUUGUGCUGUGUUAAUUGCCACUGAUACUCAGGUUAAGGAAAUUUUCACUAUUCAGAAAAAGGCCAUGUUUACAGACAUGAAAGCCCUUGUUUUCUUGGUAAUAUCCAAUGGGUUAGUUGCCGCCUAUUCACUGGCCCAAGUCUUGAGGUGUGUUAUGAAUAUGAUGAGAGGAAGUGUGCUCUUCAAUAAGCCCUUGGCUUGGGCCAUUUUCUCAGGUGAUCAGGUGAUGGCCUACUUGACCCUGGCUGCAGUGGGGGCCGCGGCCCAAUCAGCUGUCUUGGCCAAGUUCGGCCAGAACGAGCUGCAAUGGAUGAAGAUAUGUGAUAUGUACGGCAAAUUCUGCAAUCAAAUCGGGGAAGGCAUAGCGACUGGGCUCCUCAUGAGCCUCUCGAUGGUCGUAUUAUCGGCUAUUUCGGCAUUCGGCCUCUUUCGUCUGUACGGAGAAAACAAAUCGAAGUUCGUCGGAAGGUUGUGAAAAUCGGGUGCUAGGUUAAAUUUGUCUCCAUGUAUGUGAAAGAUAUGGUUCAUUUGGAAGUGUAAUAAAGAGAAUGGAUGUUUUCUUUUGGUUGUGUGUUUUGGUGGAAUAUAAAUAAGAAUAUGUGUCCAAAGAUUUGGUGCAUACUUUGGACAUUUGAUCAAGAAGAUUGGCACUACAAGUGUUUUCCAUACUAUGGCUAUCCAUGUUUUUAUCAUUUUUAUUGAGAAUGUUCAUUUUCUUUUUUGUUAAUCUUCAUUAUCUUAAGCAUGAUGUUGAGUGAGUUUUCCCAA